GCUCUGUUCGCUUCGCUUCUGACGACUACAUCGGACGAGACGAAAGCGUUACAGAACACAAAGCACCACAUUGAAGUUUCCUUAAUUCUGCUUCUUCUUCUUCUUCUUCUUCUCUCUCUCUCUCUCUGUGGACUGGUGCAAGUGACAUGGCGAUUCAAGCGCAGUACCCAUCCGGUGUCAUACUUGUCAACGGAGGCGAGGAGACGACGGGCAUCGAUUUGUCCCAGGGCCUGCAGGGAUUCUUAGACUCCUCGACCCUUGUGUUCACCGAGACAGGAGGGGCUGUGAAUCCAAGGAAGCGAGCGAGAGAGGAGACGCGAGUAACAGCGGUUUCCAUGGCCAACGGGCCAACUACAGCGCAGAAUACUGAUAUCAGUAAUCUCUUGUUCUUGCAAUCAAAUAGUCUUUCGCCGACGUAUAUUAGCCUCGCUCAGUUUCCAUCGAAAUCCACUACUCCUUUCGUCUCCACCGGCCUCCAACUCGCCUUCGGAGCCCAGCAGAAGCAGUGCACCAUGAAUCAUGUUCGUCCCUCUCCCCCCGCCCUCUUCGAGGAACUCGCUCCGCACCUCACCCGGUGCCAGGAUGAAAUCGAUGGUUUCCUCAGCGAGCAGGGAGAACUCCUCCAGAGCACAUUGGCCGGGAAAUGGCGAUCACAUUGUCGGACUCUUGUGAGUGCCGCGGCGGCUGCGGCGCGGCGGAGGAUAAGGGCCAAGGAAGCGGAGGUGGAGCAGGCCUUGCGGCACCGCGCCGAGCUGGAGGAACGACUGGCCCGCCUGAAAGCCGAGUCCCUGGCGUGGCGGGGCAAGGCCGCAGCCGCCCAAUCCCAUGCCGUUGCCCUCCAUGCACAGCUUCAGCAGGCAGAGGAGGCGGCCGCGGUCGCCCGAGAGAGGGAGGGCGAGAGCGGUGGCACUGCGGCGGCUAACGACGCCGGCUCCGCCACGUGCGUCGACAUGGCUCCAGGAUCCUGCCGCGCUUGCCGGCGGCGGAACACGGCCGCGGUGGUGGUGCUCCCAUGCCGCCACCUCUGCCUCUGUGUCGACUGCGCGGCGGCCGGCGCCGCGGCUUCUUGCCCCGCCUGCGGGCGCGUCAGCACCAGAAUCGUCCACGUGGCCUUCUCUUAACGCAAUCGCCUUAUCAUCACCUCUUCACUCCAAAAUCGCGGCACAUCAAAUGCCGUCCAAAUUAAAAAAGAAUAAAAAGAAAAUUAUCACAUAUAGAAUAUUACACUUCUCGUCUCUUCUCUGUCCCCUUUUGUAAUUUUUCUAAAUGAAUGGAAAUUUUAGCUAUAAUAUCGUUCGUUUCUUA